ACAUGUAUAGUCUCUUAACAACCCCAACUUAUCACGGGAUUAACAUAUGAGAAAAAGUUGGGAUCAUGAACCAAAAUUCGGUAUAAAUGAAAACCAUUAGAUUGUUGGUGAUUCAUUGAAGUAGGCGUCUAUUCCAUGUACGACUUGCGUUUUUUGGAGCCUGGGAUACAUUAGUUAGUCAAAAAGAAAGCCAUUAUCAAGCCGUGGGGAUUUUUUAUUAGUGAGUGUGUUUCGAUCGUUUUAGUCAGAAUUAAAACAAUGAAAGGAGGGUGUUGUUGUGGAACUCCAGCGGAGAAUACCUUCUCCAAACGUGGUGGUGAUUUUAUUGAGAACAGCAGUUGUGGUGGGGUACCAAAUAUCUACAGAGCUAGAAGUUGUUUUAAGAGAUUCCUAUGGAUUCUUCUAGUUCUCGGUGGAUUUGGAAUGACAGGAUGGCAGUGUUAUGAAAUAAUAAUGAAAUAUUACAGUAAUGAAACAGCAACUGGUAUUACUGUAUCUUAUAACUCGACUAUUAUAUUCCCCGCUGUAACUUUCUGUAAUCUAAAUCCAAUACGACUCAGUGCGGCUCAUCUUAAUCCAGAACUUCACGCUCUCUUUGUGCAAAAUUAUCAGUUAAAUGGAGAUAUGAGUACAGCCAGCAGAAACCCAACAACCACUCCUGCGACCACAACUACGACCACGACAACUAAGGCUCCGGGCGGUCUUUUAGGUGGAGGUGGUUUGGUCGGUGGAUUACUUGAGGGCGUCGGUGGAUUACUUGAUGGACUUGUUGAUACUGUUGAUAACACUUUAGGUGGUGUUGGUAAUAUUCUCGGAGGAAAUGUUGUUGAUACCUCUUGGGUUGAUAAGUUGAACAGUACUGAUUACUACGAAACGAAGAGUGAGUUUUUACUAAAUGAAGAAGCGUUUGUAAAUGCCUAUAGUAAAGCGAAUAAAACAACAAAAGAAGCCAUGGGUCAUCAGUUGGCUACCACUAUGUUAUCAUGUGAUUAUGGGGGAUUUCACUGUUCUCCACAGAAUUUUUCGUUCUUCACCGAUCCUCGGUAUGGUAAUUGUUUUACGUUUAAUACCGGACUUGUUGUACCUGUAGCAACUAUUACAAAAACAGGCCCGUCACAUGGUUUAAGUUUAGAGUUGUACAUAGAACAUGAUGAAUAUAUAAAAGAACUGUCGGCGUCUGCUGGUAUUAAGUUAUUGAUGCAUAACCAGAGUUACAUGCCCUUUCCUGCCGAUAACGGUUUAGACUUGGAACCAGGAAGAAGAUCAUCCGUGUCUCUAUCAUUGCUUCAGGUUGAAAGAACUGAACCUCCACAUGGAACUUGUCACAAAUACGGUCGAGAUGAGGGUAGAAAAGUUAAUGCUUAUUCUGAAUUACAGAGUUUACCAAUAGAGUAUACAGAUCAGGCAUGUUAUAAGACAUGUUUACAGUUAAAUAUAAUUAAAACCUGUGGAUGUUGUUAUCCUUAUCAACCAUGUAGUGGCAUAGCUCUACAGUCUGGUCUAGAUAUGCAUGACGAUGUACAGUUCUGUAAUAUAUCAAACACCGAUAUAACGUCGUGUGUUAAGGGUAUACAGAGACGAUAUAACAAGAAUGAUCUGGGAUGUUCCGAUAUCUGUAAACCAAGCUGUAGAGAACUGAUGUACAAUUCUCAAAUUUCGUCAUCCCUGUGGCCAACGAACCCUGCUAUGUCAGAUCUUAUAGAUAGACUCAAAGUAAAUGAUCCGUCAUUGAAACCAAAAUUGGACAACAUGACAGCCGACGAACAAAGAACGUUUAUAAGGGAUAAUGUUUUAAAAGUGGACAUAUAUUAUCAGAAGUUGAAUUAUGAAACAAUUUCAACAACACCUUCAUACAUGCUUGAAGAUUUAUUGUCGGAUAUUGGUGGACAGCUUGGUUUAUUUUUAGGAUUAUCUGUCGUCACAAUGAUGGAAUUCGUGGAGUUAUUUGUGGACAUAUUUAUAAUCAGUAUCUUUAAAUGUUGUAAUCCGGCCAGAAAAGUGGAAUCCGACAAAAGUGCCUGGAAAUAAAACUUGUACAUUUUAAAAAAAAGUUUAUUUAGAGAAAUGAAAGGGGCGUGUUUUAAAACAAAUAAGAUGAAAUGAAAUAGGGUUUAACGCCCCUCUAUUCUAUAUGUUUCAAAACGUAGUAUCACCUGCUGUAUGGGCCCAAUUGUUAUUGUCAUGUUUUGUUAUGUUACUAUAAUGGUGGUGGAGAUGUAAAACUGAGAUAUCUUUUAUACAUUCACACGUUGAAAUGUUAUAUGGUAUUAUAUAGUCAUCGCAUCUGUCCGUCUGUCCAUCGUUUAUUGUACUCACUCUUCAGAGUUACGUUUUUGACCGUAUAUAUCACAAAAUAUUCAGGUUCAGGUAUCCUGCAAUGUCCAUUAAAGACGAGUUAAGGUGAUCCCUAUAAAUUUCGAGAAUUUUCUCAGAGGUGUUUUCAGAGUUAUUGCCCCUGACUGAUAGUUGAUCAAACUAUAUUGCCGUACUCGUCCUCAUAUCCAGGGAGUAUUUAUCUAUCGACCUGCACAAAAGUACAGAACUGUGGAUUGAUUAAUUACAUGUUAAACCCUAGAAAGUAGCUUUUCGGACCAGAUUAAUCAAAAAUUAAGGAGUUGAACCCCUGACAGGCUUUACUUCCGGGUUCAAAGGAAGUCCUUAGAAUCGCCCACUUACUGUGGCUUGAGUAAAAGAUAGAAGUGGAACCAUUUCUAGGGACCUUCAUGCUAGCGAGUCAGCGCCUUACUCAUUGGUUCAUCGCUUACGCCAUACAGUGUGCUGUGAGGGUAAUAUUGUCUGGACAGCGAAUUUUUUCGAAUUUGAACUGUUAAGUGAUCUUUUAUGCGCACGCUAUUGUGUACACGGGACCUGCUUUGACUGCUUUUUGUUCCACCCGAUCGACUAGACACCGUCCGUGCCAGGCCCGUGGUCCUGCACCACUGACAAGGGAUAACCGCACCUGAAAACCCCGUUUCAGAAAUGUAAUGAAAUGACAUGGGGUUUAACGACCUACUGUUCUGCUCGGGCUGGGCCAAUGAAGACGAGCAUACGUCAUACAGUGUUCUAUGAGGAAAAUUUUGCUGGACAGCGGCGCUGUUUAAAUCGAAUUCCAACUGCCAUGGGAUCCUUUACGAGCACGCCAAGCGUAAACCCAAGGUUGUUUAGUUAUACGAAUUAAUUUCGGGGCCACUGUGGCUCAGUGAGUAAGACGGGAAGUCUCGGGUUUGCUCCCUUUGUUGGCCAAGAAAGUUCUUCAGGAUAUUCCGGCGUGGUCGACUCCUGUCAGUGAUGCAGGACGGCGGGCCUGGCAAGGGCAGUGUCUAGUCGUUCGAAUGGGACGAAAAACCGAGGUCCAGUGAAAACAUUAGCGUGCACAUAAAAGAACCCUUGACAGUUGGAAUUCGAAAUAAGAGUAAGCCAUAGCAUCGCUGUCCGGGCAAAAAUUUCCUUCACAGCACACUACUUAGCGUAUGCCCCUCCUUUAUUAGCCAAGUGCAGAAAAGUAGGACGUUAGACCCCAUUUGAAUUCACGAAUUAAUGUAUUGAAAUUCACGGUCAUUCAUCAAUUUUUAACAGAAUUUUAAAAGAACGGACUACGCUUAUGGUGGGCGUGGGUUUUGUUAACACACAACCUAUAUUUGUAAAAAGUAAGGCAUUUUCAAUAUGUUGAAAUUUGUAAAUAUUGUAGGUAGUAGAUUUUAUUCACAGCCAACCGAUUUUGUAAAAGUAAGUCAUUUUCAAUCUGCUGAAAUUUAUAAAUUAAAUUGGAUGCAAUAGACUAUGUAUAUACGUAAAUUUACCUUUAUAUGUCUUAAAAGCCCGGACGACUACGCUAUGAAUGUUUGAUUGGCAGUCAACCUAUGUAAAAAGUUGAAAUUUGUAUACAUGUAUAUGUAACCAGGUCUUAUGCAAGUAAAAGACGAGGCAGUUUAAAUCUUUAUUAUAAAAAUACCCUAUAUGUAUGUUCGUACGUAAAAACUGUUUUUACAGUAUCUUAGAUUAAUGUCGGUAGUUUAUGCGAAAUUGAUUUCGGGAGAAAGUAUUACACAUUGCAUUGCAUGUGAAUAUUAGAACCAAUUUAAACAGGUCAACUAUAAUUUUAAACCUUAGCAUGUUAAAGUAAUGUUUGCUGCGCAAUUUAGAUUACAAUAUCAGAGGUCAAUAGAAUAUAUUUUAUGUACGGAUGAAAUAGGUUAUAAAAUCAAGGUUAUAAAAUCAA